AUGGCUACCGCCCCAUCUCAGCAGGCCCAGAGCGGCUCUGCAUUCAACCCGGCCCAGCAGCAGCGUCAACUCUUCGGCGGUGAAGAAGAGUUUGGUGACGAAGAAGAGCUUGGAGAUGAUGUCGAUCUCGUCGUAGGAGACUACGGUUCUGCUCCCUUCGCCGGCGAAGCAGGUGCCGAAGUUGACGAAGCCCAAGCUGCAGCUCUCGCCGCCGCACACGCCCAAGCUCAACAACAAGCCCAACAAGCUGCUCUCGCCGCAGUCCCCGACCAAAUCCGCAAGUACAUCGUCCUCUUCAACCAAGCCGUUCAGAACAACGACGUCCAAGACAUCUCCAACGCUUACGAGGGUACUUGGAAUCGUCUCACCGACAAAUUCUACGCUCGUUCCGAAUGGCCCGAAGCCGAAACUAUCGCCCCUCUGGUCAAUGACGAUCAGAAGUUCUUAACUCUUUACAGGGAGCUUUGGUACCGACACGUCUACUCGAGGUUGAGUCCGGACGGCGAGGAUAGGUUCCACUCGUAUGAUAACUAUUGCGACCUUUUCAACUUUGUUUUGAACAGCGAUGGUCCUGUGGAACUCGAGUUGCCUGCUCAGUGGCUUUGGGAUAUCAUUGAUGAGUUCAUCUACCAGUUCCAGAGCUUUUCGCAGUGGAGGAACAAGGCUGGUAACAAGGCUGAGGACGAGAUUGCACUCUUGCAGGACGGUGGUGUUUGGAGCAGUUACUCUGUUCUCAACGUUCUCUACUCUUUGAUCCAGAAGUCUCGCAUCACGGAACAGCUCGUUGCCGCAUCCAAGGGUAUGGACCCGGACGAGGUUGCAGGCGAAUUCGGUACCAAACCACUCUACCGCAUGCUUGGCUACUUUUCCAUCAUCGGUCUUCUCCGCGUCCAUGUCCUCCUCGGCGAUUACACUCUCGCAUUGAAGAUGCUCGACCACAUCGAACUCAACAAAAAAUCCGGCCUCAUCAACCGAGUUACAGCUUGCCACGUAACUGCAUACUACUACGUCGGCUUCGCCUACCUCAUGCUCCGUCGUUAUCCGGAUGCGAUCAAAUCCUUCACCCACAUUUUGGUCUUUAUCAUGCGUCUUCGUCAGUACCACACUCGAUCGUACCAGUACGAUCAGAUCAACAAAACCGCAGAUCGAAUGUACGCUCUUCUUUCCACCGCUUGCGCUCUCUGCCCUACUCGUCUUGACGAAAACAUCCAGACUCAGAUGCAGGAGAAGUAUGGUGAUCAGUUCAACAAGAUGACCAAACGCGGAGCGGAAGGUUUGGCUGCAUUCGAAGAGCUUUUCUUGUAUGCUUGUCCCAAGUUCAUCACCGGUAACAGCCCCCCUUACCACGAUGAGGAGGCACUGGCGGAGUACAAGGAGAACAAAACGGGGUUCCCUGACCCAACCCAACAUCAGCUUCGAGUUUUCCUCUCCGAUGUCAAGACUCAGCUUUCUAACGCCAACGUAAGGUCGUUCUUGCGAUUGUACACUACAUUGGGAACCGACAAGUUGGCUUCGUUCUUGGAAAUUGACGAGGAGGAAUUGGUGGAGAUGAUGAUGGUUAUGAAAAACUCUACCCGCUCGCUCAAGUGGUCUUCGGGUUCGCUCCUCGAGGGCGAAGUAGUCAACACAAGCGAUCUUGACUUUGUGAUUGAUACGAACAUGGUUCACAUUGCGGAGAGUCGUGUGGGUAGGAGAUACGGAGAUUGGUUCCUCCGUAACGGAACAAGAAUGCAUGAUGUGCUUAGCAACAUUCAGUCUAAACCGUUGCCUAUUAUUAGUAAGGAGGCUCAAGAUGAAGCUGCUGCGGCAGCGGCAAAGGAGGGUCAGGAUGGAAAGGAUAAGAAGAAGUCAGGUUGGGCUGGUGCUGCCGGUGGUAAGACUGGUGGUGCUUUUAACCAUGGCACUGGUGCAAGGACGCAGGGUGGUGCUCCAGGUGGAAAGCCAGCAGGAGCUUGGGGUAGCAGUGCUGCUAAGCCUUCUCUUGCUGCCUAA